AUCAGUACUAUGAUGACUAAUGUACUAUACUUUAAAAAGAUUCUCUGCUGAGAAUUAACUAUUUAAGUUCCAUGGAUAAUUAAAAUAAUUUGGUGUACUAUUUGUUGUAAACGUACCAGUUUGGUCCAGUAUUUUGAAAGGUGCCCGUAGUUCUGGAUUCAACUGUAUAAUAUAGUCCUAGCAGUAAAAUAACAGAAAUAAAUUUAAAAAGAAAAGAAUAGCUUCGAGCUAAAUUUGAAAAUGAUCUGGAACUGUCUUUAUCAAUUGUUUCCUCUCACCUCUAGUUUCAUUUCAAGUCAGUUCUGCAACGUCAAACCUCAAACUGCAUAAAGAUCCCUGUGUGUGCAUGGCAACUGUGCAUGUAGUGUGAAAAGUGUGGGAGAUAUCAGCACCUAGGGUACUUUAAGGGGAGGGUCUCUGAUUGAACGUGUAACAGAAAAGAAGACUCAUGCUGCACAGUUCUGUCAGUGUGGCGUACUACAGACAUGUUCUUCAGCAGCGCUCUCCUUGUACUUUCUGUCCUCUCCUUGUGUGGGGGAAUGAAGAGUGGUAUUAUUGGAGGAAAUGAAGUGAAACUACACUCCCGACCCUACAUGGCGUCUGUUCAGAUUAACAAAGCACACAUGUGUGGUGGUUUUCUUAUCAGAAAAGAUUAUGUGCUCACUGCAGCCCACUGUGUUGACAACAUUGAUUACUCUGGAAAGGACAAGCUGGAAGUGUUACUCGGAGCUCACAACAUCAAUCGAAAGGAGUCCCAGCAGCAGAGAAUUCAAGUACAGAAAUACAUCCUGCAUCCCUGUUACAAGCGGCACGAACGUCCAAAUGAUAUCAUGCUACUGAAGCUGAAGUCCAAAGCUAAAGAGAACAAGUCUGUGAAGGUUCUCGCUCUUCCGAAGAAGAACGAGAACCUUCCAGCCCGUCAGGAAUGUUCAAUAGCUGGCUGGGGAAAGACCAAACAGAACAGCGCCGAGUCGAGUGUCCUACGAGAGGUCAAUCUCAAACUGCAGAAUACCUCUCAGUGCAAGACACUUUGGCAGAACUAUUUUGACACAGACAACAUGAUCUGCACUGUGUCUGAUGGGAAAAAAGCUUUUUGUCAGGGUGAUUCGGGGAGUCCUCUUAUCUGUGGUAAUGAACCACAAGGAAUAGCUGCAUAUACCUACCCUAAUAACUGCUUAAACCGCACGUAUCCAGAGGUGUAUAUGAAGAUCUCUUACUUUCUUCCAUGGAUUAAGCAAGUUAUACACUAGAAAGUGAAAACAACGGAAGUAACCAAAAUCCAAUAAAAUAUACAUUGCAUAUAUGAAAUCUGUGUCUUUUCUUCUAUCGUAUAAAUAUCACACAGGCAUGUAUGUUAUAAAGUAAAAAACGAAACUCCAACAGGUUUAAACCAGAAUAAAAAAUG